UUCGGCCAGUUGAACAAGGAAAAACAUUGAUUCGAGAAAAUUCCGGCUCGGCCUUUAAAUGUCAAUUGUCAUUGUUUCAGAAAAUUCGUUCAUAUAUCUGACGUUCUGUUCUGACGAUAGUCUGGAAAAUUUUGUGGCCGGCACGUUGUAACAAAAUCGUGUAAAUUCAAUUGAAAAACGCGUUCAAAUUCGUUCCAGAAGCAUUUUCACUGUGAUAAACCGUUGAGUUCGAUUUUUCCAGUUUUAAUUACGAAAUGGCCGCGAUGUCAGUCAUAGGAAUCGACCUAGGAAACGAGUCUUGCUACAUUGCCGUUGCGAAAGCGGGCGGAAUCGAAACCAUCGCGAACGACUACAGUUUGAGAGCCACCCCAUCCUAUGUGGCCUUUUCUGGAAAAAACCGAAUACUUGGCGUGGCCGCCAAAAACCAACAGGUCACCAACAUGAAAAACACCGUCUACGGACUCAAAAGAUUGCUAGGCAGAAAAUUCAGAGACCCUCACGUACAGCAAGAAAUGCAGUGGCUGCCUUUCAACAUUCUCGAGGAGAAAAAUGGAAAUAUUGGCAUCAAAGUGAAUUAUUUAAAUGAGGAGCACAUUUUUUCUCCUGAACAAUGUUUGGCCAUGUUAUUGACUAAACUCAAGGAUACAGCUAGUGUGGCUUUGCAAACCCCUAUCAACGACUGCGUCAUUUCAGUCCCUUCUUAUUUCACCAACAAUGAAAGGAAAGCUCUUUUGGAUUCAGCUUCAAUUUCAGGCUUAAAUGUGCUGAGAUUGUUCAACGAAACAACAGCCACUGCUCUGUCUUACGGUAUCUACAAGCAAGACCUUCCAGCACCUGAAGAAAAACCAAGAAAUGUAAUUUUUGUUGAUUGUGGCUACGCUUCCUUGCAAGUGUUUGCUUGUGCAUUCCACAAAGGCAAACUGAAAAUGUUGGCAACCAGUUCUGAUCCUUAUUUAGGAGGUAGGGAUGUUGACAGACUUCUGGCCGAUCAUUUCUGUGCAGAAUUCCAAAAAAAAUACCACAUUGAUGCUAAAAACAAUGCCAGAGCUUACAUAAGAUUGUUGGCUGAAGUAGAAAAAAUUAAAAAACAAAUGUCUGCCAAUUCAACCACCUUACCUUUGAACAUUGAAUGUUUCAUGAACGACAAGGAUGUCAAAAGUGAAAUGAAGAGAACAGACAUGGAAGCUCUCAGCACUGGCUUGUUCCAGAGAGUCGAAGACACCAUGCGCAAAUGCUUGGAACAAUCUGGGUUGAAUGUGGCUGAAAUUCAUGCUGUCGAAAUUGUUGGAGGCUCCUCUAGAAUCCCCGCUAUCAAGCAGCUGAUUGAGAAGGUUUUCCAGAAACAGCCCAGCACCACUUUGAACCAGGAUGAAGCUGUAUCUAGAGGGUGUGCUUUGCAAUGCGCCAUGCUAUCGCCUGCAGUCAGGGUCAGGGAGUUUAGUGUCACUGAUGUUCAGAACUAUCCAAUUCAUUUGGCUUGGGAAGCGAGUCCAGGAGGCGAACCUGCAGGAGACAUUGAAGUCUUCCCUGCCAACCAUGCAGUACCAUUCUCAAAAAUGCUAUCCUUCUACAGGACAGAAGCUUUUUCAGUAAAGGCAUUAUACAAUGGCAAUGUGCCUUACCCUGACCACAACAUUGGAACUUGGGUAGUGAAAGAUAUCCGUCCGACCAACGACGGUAAACCGCAAAAAGUCAAAGUCAAGGCUCGCAUCAAUUUGCACGGCAUAAUGACCAUUUCCAGUGCUGCUUUAAUCGAAGCCAAAGAGGCCUCCGAAGUGGAAUCUCCCGAAAACGACAAACAAGAAGUUCCACAACAACAACAGCAAAACGGCGAACAACAGCCGCAGGAGAACGACGCACCUAUGGAGGGAGGCGAAGCACCUCCACAGCAGCAGUCGGCAGAGGUAGGGUCCGGCGCCAGCUGGACUAAGAAAAUUUCCGCCUGGUUCAGCGGGGAUGGUGAAAAGGAAAAAAAGAAAAAACUAGUCAAAAGCGUCGAUUUACCAAUUGAGGCUCUCACUUUUGGCUUUUCCAAUGUGGAAAUCAACAAAUUCACUGAGCAAGAAUUCAAAAUGAUCGCAUCUGACAAACAAGAAAAAGAACGCGCUGAUUCGCGCAAUGCCUUGGAAGAAUACGUCUACGAAUUAAGAGGCAAAGUUUCCUCAGAUGACGAUUUGGGUUUGUACAUUUUAGACUCGGACAAGAACCAACUGAUAAAGCAACUGGAUGAAAUGGAGAAUUGGCUUUAUGAAGAAGGAGAAGAUUGUAAUAAACAAGUCUACAUUGACAUGUUGGCUGAAUUGAAAUCUAAAGGAGAACCAGUGCAACAGCGCAAAAUUGAAUGCGACUUGAGACCGGCUAUUGUUGAAGAUUUUGCCAGAUCUUUGCAACUUUGUAUGAAGGCCUUGGAACUUAUCAAGAACAAAGAUCAAAAAUACAGUCAUUUAACUGACGAAGAAGUUGUCAAAGUAGACCAGGCCUUCCAAGACUCCUACCGAUGGUUGGAAGUGACCAGAGCUAAAUUGGGCGCUGCUCCCAAACAUUUACCGCCUCCAAUAACCAUCGCCCAAAUAAGACAGGAGAAGUGCAACUUUGACAACAUUGUAAACGCCGUUUUGAACAAACCGCCACCAAAGGCACCGUCUCCACCUAAAGAAGACGCUAAACCUCAGCAGGAGCAGAACGAAAAAAAAGAGCAAAAUCCUGAUAACAUGGAAUGGUCGUAGAUAUGAUGUAAAUGUGAUUUCUAGGUGUUUUUAAAAUAAUUUACUAUAAUAAUAUAACUCACUUUUUUUUUUUGAUGAGUCACAGUUGGAAAUAUUUCCAUUUAAAUAUAAUUAUUAGUGUUCAAUCUUUGGACAAUUGUUGUAAUGUAUGACGGAUUCAAUUUUAUUUUUUUUUGCAUUUAUGUAUUAUUUAGUUGAAAAUUGUUGUUUUUUUUUAAAGUUUUCUAAACGCUGGCCGUUGUACAUGAUCUUACUUAAAAUAAGUAAAUAAUUCCCUUAAAUUGUCCUACUUAAAUAAAUUGUAUAUGUUUGAAUAAGAGGCUCACGAACCUUCUUCACAUUGUAGAAUAAAAAAUUAAUUAAUUAAAUUAAAAAUUAAUUGUUGCUUCACUAGGGUUUUCUCAAUUGAAGUAAAUGUCGCAGGUUGGCACUCACCUUCAAAGUUAAUUGCUUAUAAUUUAUUCUCAUUAGUAAAGCACUACAUUUUGCUAUUUACUUUGGAAAACUAAUUCAAUUUUUUUUUUAAGUUGUUUGAAUAAAACAAUCUAAUUUUAACA